AUGCCCCUCAAAAUGCUGCCAUGGUAUUGGGCCGGCCAUGGUCUUUCCACUCAACGUCCUACCAGUAAAACUGAUGCCCCUACAUGUUGCUCUGGGCCGUCGCCCAUCUAUCACAUGUAUGGGGCCGGCCCUGCAUGGACUAUUGAUUUCUCGCCUACACAACCCCAUCCGAGCAAAUUUAUUGCUUGGAUUCGUCUUCCUGACUUGCCCGUCACCCUGUAUAAACGCAGUAUGAUUACAGCGAUUGGAGAAAACAUUGACUUGGUUAUCAGAAUAGACUACCAAACGGGUAGCGGGAGGAGACGCCGUUUCGCUCGUAUGGCUGUAAGUGUGGAUUUGAAUAAACCUUUAAUUUCCAAAAUUAUUGUUAAUGGUCGAACACAGAUAAUCGAAUAUGAAUCUGUGCCUAUUGUCUGCUUCAAUUGUGGCACUUAUGGUCAUUCUUCGAAUUCUUGUCCGAAAAACAUGGUGGCAACCGAGGAAGCUCCAACUACAAAGAAUGAACCCCCACAACCGAUUGCUGAGGAAUCCAAAUACGGUCCAUGGAUGUUGGUCGAAAAGCGUCAGUGUAAACCAGUUAGGAAAAUUGAUAAUCAAGCCAUAACCCAUAAAUUAGCUACAACAAAGCGGUCUAGAUUUAGUCCAGUCGCUGUCCAAGAAGAUUCAGAACCAUCACAGGAUGCACCAACUGAUUUGGGUAGAAGACAAAACAAUGAAAAUACUAAUGACAAUUUGGCAGAACACCCCAGUAUGAACAAUAAAGGCAAGGACAAGCUCGUUGAACCCUCUAAAAAUGAAAACUUGGACCCAAACAUCCCUGUCCCAAAUAAUAGUGGAAUGCUCAUUGAUGAUCCCACCAGUGAAGGAUAUUCAGGGGAACCGCCAGACCCGAGAAACUCAAACUGUGACCCUUUUAAAAUUGGACGUGUUGACUCUUCGAAAACCCAAUUGGAUUCUAUGGAGAUUGCAAAUGAAGAUAAUUUUGACGAGGGGCUUGAAACUCCCAUUAUAUCAGGGACAAUAAGCCUGACAUCGUUGGUUUUGUGGAACCCCGUAUCAGUGGCUCUCGGGCAGACGCCGUUAUUGCGGCUUUGGGCUUUCCCAACUCCCAUCGAGUUGAAGCGGCUGGCUUUUCGGGAGGCAUUUGAUUAUCCCAAAUGCCACAAAAAGACUAGUUUUUGGACGCAUUUGCGUAGUUUAGCCUCUCAAAUUCAGGCUCCUUGGAUCCUGCCUGGUGACUUCAAUGCCACCCUUGUUAUUGUCGAUCGAAAAGGUGGGUUUGGUUCUUCACACCCUUGCAAGUACUUUCAGGAUUUCCUCGUGGAUUUUGAUCUCCGGGAUAUGGGUUUCCACGACCCCCCUUGGACUUGUGGUCUCACUCAUGCUCGUCUUGAUAGAGCUCUCUGCAAUAACUAUUGGGAUGAUCUUUUUCUGGAAUCUAUUGGUAAUCUUCCGAAAAGCACCAAUCCUACUCAUUUCAAGUACUUGUCUAGUUGGCAUUUGCAUGAUGAUUUCCAUCGUAUGGUCCAAGACAAUUGGACGGAUAUGGGCAAUCCCACUGAAACUAUAGCUAAAUUCUCUAAAGAGGCAGAAUUUUGGAACAAAUCUGUUUUUGGUUACAUCAGAUCCCAGAAAAGAAGGGUCAUGGCUCGUCUCCGUGGUGUCCAAAAGGCCUUACAAAUCCGCAACUCUUCUUUCCUCCAUAAUCUGGAAAUUUCUCUCUUAUCUGAUUUGGAGUCUCUUCUUGACCAAGAGGGACUUUUAUCGCCAUCGCAUUUUGUGCGGCUGUUCUCGGUCCAUGACCCCCAUGAAGACUCUUUUCCGUGCCGUGGGAAAUUUCCUUUAAUCCCGUCGACAACUUGGACAGCCUUGGAUGCUACUCCUUCUUCAGACGAAAUUCGCUCUGCUUUAAAUGAUAUGGCCCCCUUGAAGGCUCCGGGUUAUGAUGGAUUGCAUGCCGAUUUUUUUCAAAAGCAGUGGUCAAUAGUUGGGAACUCUAUUUGA